GGAAAGCGAGAGAGACGGAAGUGAAUUUGCCUUUGCUCAGUGCGUGCGGCAAUCCCAAUCACUCCCUCCUCCUUCUCCUCCCUCUCUUGCUGGGAAAAUGGCCGGGUCAGGCAGUAGGGGCAAUGGCAAUGAAUUGUAUGAAAUACUCGGCGUACCCAAAUCUGCCUCGGAUACGGACAUAAAGAAGGCAUAUCGCAAACUUGCCAAGGAAUUCCAUCCCGAUAAAAAUCCAGACGCCGGCGAUAAAUUUAAAGAAAUCUCCUUUGCCUACGAUGUUUUGUCCGAUGCCAAGAAACGUCAGAUUUAUGACAGAUGUGGAUUGCAAGGCCUUCAAGAAAGUGGAGGGGAGGGACCAGGGUUCGGUGGUCAUGACAUAUUUUCUCAACUUUUUGGAGGGGGUCUGUUUGGAGGGAUGGGAGGCAUGGGGGGGAUGGGAGGCCGCCGGUAUCAAGGGGAGGACACCAUACAUCCCCUAAAGGUUUCUCUUGAAGAUCUGUAUAAGGGCAAAACAUCCAAGUUGCAGCUUAGUAAAAAUAAAAUCUGCUCAGCAUGCAAAGGGAAAGGCUCAAAAUCCGGUCAAAGUUAUCAAUGUCGUGGCUGCAGGGGUAAUGGAUACAAGAUUCAGUUCAAGCCCAUUGUGGGAGGCAUGUCAGCCCAAGUAAAUGUGAAGUGUACAGACUGUAGUGGGGAAGGUCAGACAAUUCCAGAAGGUGAGAAGUGUGGUGUCUGCCGGGGUAAGAAAGUUGUUAUUGAAACAAAAAUCUUAGAAGUUAAUAUCACAAAAGGUAUGGAAGAUGGUGCCCGUAUCACAUUCUGGGGCCAAGGAGAUGAGCAGCCUGGUAUGGAGGUAGGAGAUGUUGUCAUAGUUUUGCAACAAAAGCCACAUGAAAAAUUCCAGCGGUCGGAUUGCGAUCUAUUCAUGACGCAUACAAUAACUCUCACUGAAGCACUUUGUGGCUUCCAAUUCCUAGUGAAACAUCUUGAUGGUCGAGAUAUAGUGGUUAAACACCCCGCCGGUCAAAUUAUUAAACCAGGUGAUGUUAAAGGUAUUCCAAAUGAAGGUAUGCCAUUGCCCAAGAGUCCUUUUGAGCAUGGCAACUUGUUUAUCAAAUUUGAUGUUUCAUUCCCAAGUAAUAACUUUGCUGAUAUUGAAAAAUUAAAGAUGCUUGAAGGAGUUCUUCCUCCUCGACCUGAUUUCACCAUGCCUUCUGGUGAACAUGUGGAAGAAGUCUGUCUUCAGGAAUAUGAUCCAAAUGAUAGAAGGAGCCAUGGAACAUCAAGAGGGGAUUCAGACGACGAGGAAGGAAACACAUCAAGGAUUCAAUGUCCAGCUCAGUGAUGUUAUUUUAUCUUUAUUAGCUACAUGGUCAGCUAAAAUAUGUGUUAUGGUAAAACGCGAGUCGUUUUUUAAUCUGUUUUGGCUGAAUCUUUUAAUCACAUUUACAUGGAUAAAAUGCACGUUGUGCUGAAAUGACACUGACCCAAGCUGAAGUUCAAAAUGGCCUUAAAUUUUGAGUACUUACAGAAUCAUUCGUGUUUUUUUUUUCUUUUUAGCUAUUUCUGCCCUAUAUCUUAAUUAAAAAUUAACUCUCCAAUUCCGAUUGAGGCCAUUUUGGAGUUUAGUUAGUUCUUUGUGCAAAUAUUCAAAUAUAGUUGACCUUUCAUUUGAUGUUAGACAUCAAUUUUCAGCUCACAGCUAAUGCUUUAAUUUAUACUCCAGAGAUUUAUUUUUAAAUAAAUUUUUGAAUUAUUGAAGUCAGGGAAGUUAAUCCAUGUGAUGCCUAUUGAAUGUAGUAGUUUGCAAAGUUACCCCUAUGCCACUGUGUUGUAAGUUGUUGCAUUCUCUGAUGUACAAUAUAGUACAUUCAGUGAUCUUGCAACUAGAACUGGAUUUUGCUUUCAAAGGCUACAAACCAAAAUUAUUCAAAACCUCUGAAUCAUUGAAAUCAUGUGCUGUAAGAUUCGUUGGAGAACACAUAGCUUGAAAACUAUUUCAGGGUCAGGGGAGGCUUCUAAUUAGUUGAAAUUUUAGACUAAUAUUAAAUGUAAUCUUUGGGCUGAAACAUCACUGCCCAAUUGACUUAGAGCUGAGCUUGAUAAUCUGUUGCCCUGAUUUCUGUGACGCUGUAAAGUAUGUGUGAGGCCAACAACACUAUCUUGUACCACUAUGGUAUAUUUUGUGUGCGUGUGUGUGAAUAUGUGGUGCAAGUUUGAAUGUUAUCUUAUGUUAAAGAAGACAUUGGGUUUUCCCCUCAUUUGUUUAAAAAUAUAAUCAUUGAUAGUGUGGCUGCGUUCAUGGAAAACUGAAGGCACAUAUGUGUAUCAUUAUUGGUUAGGGAUGGUACUGCCAAAGUACACGUAUUAGUUUUAUGCUCUAAUAGUAAUUCAUAUUGCAAUUUUUUUCAUACUUGUUAUUCUUUAAAAAAUUUAGACCUCUUUUUGUCUCAGAAACUCGUAAGUUCGGAUUAUGACUGAGAAUUGCAAAACACUUUGAAAUUGUUUCUGGCAAGACUGAGGGUGUUCACAAUUUUUCAUGAUAGCUAUAGUAUUGCAACCAGUGCAGUGAUUGGUGGGCAUUUUGGUGAGUGACAUUUAAUUUGUGAUCUUUAUUGAGUGAAUUUAAGAAUGUAAGCCAACAAUCCUAUUGAUGAACAGAACCAAUAAAAGUAAGUGGGAUGGUUGUUAAUACAACUACAAACGCGAAGGAA